CAUCGUUGUCCAUCAUUACCAUAUCACUAUGCGUGUUGCUUGCUUUCUGCCGGCCUUUGUAGGCGUUGUCGCCGCGGCGGCUUGCAACGGCAACGACGCUCUCUGCGCAAAGAAGUAUUCUGACGUGACGUUUGUCGGAUCCCACAACAGUGCCUUUGUUGGUAUCACUCCAGCCCACAAUCAAUAUGUGUCGGUAACGGACCAGCUCGAUCUCGGCGUACGCUUCCUACAAGCUCAGACCCAGAACAAGGAUGGGCAGAUCCAGAUGUGCCAUACGGACUGCGCUCUGUUAGAUUCGGGUCCCUUGUCCAAGUAUCUCGAAGAGAUAGACACUUGGAUGGAGGCGCAUCCGCGUGAAGUGGUCACCUUGCUUCUCACUAACAUUGACGCAAUGCCGGUAACGCAAUUUGGCGACACUUUCAAGAGUACCGGUUUGGAUAAGUACGUCUUCAAGCCUGGGGACAAAGUGGCUAUAGACCAGUGGCCUACACUUCAGACUCUGAUUGACGACGGGACGAGGCUGGUCGUUUUCAUGGACUAUCACGCCGACACGAGCAAAGUCGAUUACAUUCUCGAUGAGUUCCAGUACUACUGGGAGACUCCCUUCGGGGAGACGAACGCGGAUUUUCCCAACUGCAACAUCGACCGGCCACAGGGUGUCGACCCUAAUGGCUUCAUGUACCUUGUCAACCAUUUCCUCGACAUCGAGCUCUUCGCAGGCAUCAAGAUCCCCAAUCAAAUUGAGGCGCCAAAGACGAAUUCCUUGUCGUCUAUUGACAAGCAGGUCAACUUGUGUAGAGGGAUGUGGGGAAGGACAGCGAAUGUCGUUUUGCUCGACUGGAUCAACAUUGGCGAGGCGAUCAAGGCACAGAGCCAAUACAACGCUUGAGAAAACACUAAAUAUUUGAUUGAUGAGUCGGGAGUUGGGAGCUUUCGUUAAUGUUAUCGAGUAAGCUGCUUCAUUUUGGGAGCAUGCAAUUGUUAGUUUAAGGCAGUCGAGAGACGAGGAGUAUUCCAUGUCGGCAUGUUUGUCACUGCGCCGCCUGGAUCUUUUACGAGAGAACUACCCUUGGAGAAGUUGAAUUAAUUUCGAAGGGCGCGCAAGCGUAGGAAUUAUUAUUGGCGUAAGGUGAGGGGUGAUACUCGUACCUAUCAGGCAGCCUGAAAGUCGGGAGUGAGCAAAGCCACGCUCGGUGUCCAAAUCGGGCAAAGACACUUUUCUAUAGCUUCAAUUCAGGG